AUGAAGUCCUUCCCUGGGGGGAAAGUUAAUUCUCCCUUUCCUAUAAAAAUUCUAACCAUAACCCUGUUACUAUGGACAUGCCACUAUUGCAAUAACUAUUCUUUUAAUGAUACUUCAAGCGAAGUAAACAGCCAAAAGAAGACAACAAAUUUUAGGAGAACAAACAAAAUAUUAGCUGCUUGUAGAAAAGGUGGAAAUUCGCAGAUGGAUAAAAAUAAAAACGAUGUGACAGAUAAGGUAAAAUGUAUUGAAGAAAUUUUGUUGCUCCUGAAAAAACUGUCAGAAUGUAGACUAAAUUAUAGAGAACCCCUUUUAGAAAUAAAAAGAUCGCUAUCAGGAUGUAAAGAUAAUUCAGGGCCUAAUGUUGUAGUGGCAAGAAAAAAGCUAUUAGAUAUCAAGAAAUCAAUCGCCAAUGAUUUAGGCAUCGAGGACUUAAUGAGUAAUGAAGCGAAGACGAAAGAAAUUGACAUUAAAGUAUUGAUUAAACGUAUACCUAGUUAUAAGGAGAAUUGCCAGGCGCAAAUUCGAGGGGCUAAACAGAAAAUAACGGACUAUAGGGACAGCUGUGAGGCGCACAUAUCAGAUGUAAGAAGAAAAAUGACGGAUUUAUAG